AUGUCUUACUCUCAGCAACAGAGUCUCGAUAAUGAUGUGGUCUUCUUUCCGGUGAACGACUCCAACCCGGAAUUCCUUCACUGUGAGCGGGAACGAUCUGCCCUGGAGUGCCUGCUGAGUGGAGGUACAGGAGCUUUUUACAACAAACUCGGUGCAGAUCAACUCUGUCCUUUUCUCUCACCCAGUGAGGUUGACCAGGUCUCCAGUUGGACUGAGGACUACAGGAGUUCUGAAAACCUUGAGAAUGGGGAUGCUGGUAGUGAGAUCAGCUUGGACAUGGACUCAGGUCAAUACCUUCCUGCGCAAUCAGACACACCAGCUCCAUGUUUGGACCUAGGCUGGCCGGAAAAAGAUAGAUGGGAUUGUGUGGAGCGUGCCAUGGUGUACACCAAUCCCCCAUUGCCACAGGCCCCUCACAUUAGGGAGGUUAUCAGGACACUACUGCAAGGAGCCACCACGCUGAUUGCUAUAGUCGCAGACAGACUGACAGACAGCACUGUGAUUGGAGAUUUAAACUUAGCUGCGUCACGUGGAGUUGCUGUCUAUAUCAUCCUGAACCAAAGAUCUGCUGAAAAAACCUUCUCACCAAACAAGCUGCAGCAUCCGAAUAUAAGGGUUCGAACUCUGGGGGGAAAGUCAUUCUACUCUCAUGAUGGAAAGAUGGUGGUGGGCGAGCUGAAGGAGAGUUUUAUCCUUGUGGAUCUUUUAACCGUGGUUCUGGGGAGCUACAGUCUCACCUGGACUGAUGCACAUCUGCACCGGCAGCUCGUCACUGUCAUGAGUGGCCCAGUGGUGGAAUUUUUUGAUCGAGAGUUCCGCAUCCUUUAUGCAGCCUCACUGCCCAUCCCUGAUUCAUGGAAAGAUGCAAAGCCUAUAGAGUUACCCAAGACUGAUGUAACUCUUCACCAACCAGAACCAAAUAUUCAGAAACAGUUGCUUCAGGAGAGGUGUCCCAGCCCUCCCACACCCAUUACUAACAAUCCUAUUGACUGGGAGGCUCUGGGGGUCUUGAAGAAGAGUGAUAGCUUCCAAGAAGGUGAUAUCUAUCCAAAUGUGUUUUGGGAGGAGACGCCAAAGUAUCACAGAGCAGAAUUCAACAGGCACAAUGGGGUUACUGGAACUGGAAGAGAAUUUGGUGAUCUGUAUGCAACUGAAUGGCAAACUGAAAACAAGUUAUUUCAUGUUGACCCAAGACACAUACGAGAUCAUCAGGGCAUGUUUGGCAGCAUUCAAAACCCUGAGAGACUGCAGUAUGGAUUUCUGAGUCCUGACCGUGAGGAGAGAGGAUCCAGGCUCAGGUAUCGAGACAUCAGUACAGAGAUGAACCUGCAGGAAGACAUGAUACCUUUUUCACGAGCUCACAGACAAGAUUGUGCACCAAACCUAGAUUGGAGUCAGGAGGAAAAUUUAGUUCCAGAGAUGACAAUACCAAUGUCCACUGCAGUCAGUAAAAAGAAGCCAGUUGUUGUAAGUGUCCCGCAGACUGAAAGAUCCUGGAAUAUAAGUGACAUCCUGAGAAAAAGCAUGCGGAAGGGUGCUAGGAAUACACUCAACAAGUCUGCUUUGGACCUGAGUACACAGGAGACGGACAUACAAACAAAUCAACAGGCCAAUCCGUUUGAGAGUUUUCCACUAACUCCAGCCCUAGCACUGAUGAAAAAGCGAAAUGAUGAGGUUAAAUCUUCACUUCUAAGGAGCUCAGUUAUUGAUCAGCCACUGUCCAGACACCGCAGUUUUAGUUUUGGCCCCCAAAGGGACUUCUGGAGAGGUCCUUUCUUCAAAAACGACAGCUGAAGAAGCCCAAACUACAGCAGAAAAUACAAUUCUACCAAAACAAAAAAACAACUAACUUUAUUCAGAAUUGGAUGAACUAGCACUUAAUUUGAAUGUAAUUCGUGUGUUUACAUGGUAUUCGGUGAAAGUAGAUGGUUGAACAUCUACUGUUUGUUCUGAUGACUUGUAAUGUCUUGACUGAAUAUGCUGAUGACAUAUUGACAUUGUAAGCACAGAAUGUUGGUCAUGGUCUAUAUGUGUGGGAUUUUUUAAAUGAUGGUGUGCUUUAAUCAUUCAGUAUUUACAGUAUUUACUUACAUGCUUUAAGGUUUUUAAAUGUAUAACACCCACACCCCCAUUUUCCCCCAGUGCAGUCAUAUUUGAUUACUCGAUAGUAUUGUUACUCUACUGCUGCAGGCCAUAGCUAGUACACAUGCUUCUUUUUACCUGCACAAGGCGGGUUCAGACGUAGAUUUGUAUCCCACUAUUCUGGGUUUUUAUUCAAAAACUAUUGCUGACAUGUUCAUUGUAUUUUUAUUGUAGCAAUCUUAAAAAACACCAUUCCAUGAGCUGCCAAGGGGCAGUAACCCCCCACCCCCCUACCUCCCAGAAAAAAUAUAAUAACAGUAGGCCUACUACAGUAAAUACAAAUAUGUAUGUAGGGCAAUAAUAAUAGUGUAAUAAUAAAUAUACUUUUUGGCAAAAA